AUGAAGAAAUUUCCAGAGAUGACAAACGAUUUAGGGAAAGAAAUGGCAUACCACAACGACAGUUGGAUGUUUGUGACUGGAAAAUUGCAAAUAUCAUUUCUACAUAUUAACACUCCUCCUACAAUUAUACCCGAUGAUCCCGCAAAGUUAUACUAUUCAGUACCACUCAAUCAAAUGAUCAGCAAGCCUAUUAUUGUAUAUGUCUAUUAUUCAAACGGGACACCUUUUUCAGCAGGGAGAGAAUUCAAUACGACGGCUACAAUAGACAGCUAUGCUGUUUUGCCAUCUGGCGAAAUUAAUAAGAAAGAUACCUGGGCAGACAGUGGCGGGAAAUUGUGUCAGAAAUCAGCAUGGUGGUUGGAUUAUCCGGAGCGAUAUAACAGACAUCUUGCAAAAACUCGUUGUCAUACACCGCAUUCUUCCAUUCUAAUGGAAUCACAAAUUUUUAAUGGAAGAGUCAUAUUUGAUUGGAUUUACCAUGAACAUACCAUAGUACCUCCAUCUAGGCGACUGUUCAGGAUCGAAAUACCAGAUCAUAAAAUAUUCAUCGACACUAGCCUAAUAUCUGUCACAAAACCUGCACACCGAAUUCCUGCUUGUUCAGAAUGUUUCCUUGACAUCGAACGUUCAACACGGUUGUCCAGUGAUAGAAAGUUUAUUACUUUCCAACGAUUAACAUCAGAAGAAGAGAAAAGGAUUCUACCGGUUGUCUUCACGAAGAAUUUCACUGUACUACCUCAAACACUGUUUAAUCUCCAACCUGAAAAGACAACGACAAAUUUAUAUUCUGAACUUAAAAAUAAGGUAACAAAUGUUGUAGAAGUGCCUAUUAGUUGUCCUUUGCUUAACGGCCUGAGUAUUUUAGCACUGGAUAUCUCAAAACGUCGGAUCUUUUCGGGUCCCCACUCCAAUUCACACCUAUCUAUUCAUACAGUUCCAACCAAUAUAUGUUUGUCAAAGGAUUACUCUACGAAUAUGUCAGAAGGAAAAAUCCACUUAUUAGUAUCUAUAUGUGAAGUAGUCAACUCCGUCAAACUGAUAAUAAUUCCCAAUGGUAAGAUUUAUGCUGCUUACACAACUCCAGUUUUUCGUAUAAUAGGAACCAUCACAAUUGGACAUUUUGGUGACCUUCGAUUUAGUGGUGAUGGAAGAGAAAUUGACUCACAUAUCAAUUCUUUUAUCCGAUUCGCAAUCAAUGAUGUUAAUAAUGGUAUUAUUGUCCCAGAAUUAAGAAAGAAAGGAAUGAAAUUCUUUUUGAAGUCGUAUAAUAUUCCAAAUGAAAAAUCUGCAACCUAUAGAAAACUUGAGGAUUUGAAAACUAUUUCAACUAAUAUUCGUUUGGUUAUAAGUUCAAUUCCAGCAAAUGUUGCUAAAGAUUUUUGUCCGUUGUUAGUGAAGUUUAUGAUACCAUUUAUUUCGACGAUUGAUUCUACCAGAGAAUUCCUCGAUAAAGAUGUAUACCCAUUUUAUAAUAGUAUAAGCUGGUCAGAGGAGGAGUUCUAUAAUUCAGUGUUUCAAUCUGCUAAAGAUCGGUUUUGGACUGACAUUGUAAUCCUGCGAUAUUAUGAUAUUAAUUUAACUGCUUUAUUCUAUUCUGUGGCUAUCAAAUACAAUAUUGACUUACGCAAUGAAUUUGUCUUUGGGGCAGUAAAAGAUUUAAAACCGAAGAAUUUGUAUGAUAGGAUGCUGAAAAAAAAGUUGGAGGCAGUGAAAAAAACUAACUUGAAAGUAAUCUUUCUGUUUGCUCCAUUCCAUAUUCAGCCAUUCGUCUUUCGAGAAGCCUAUCUUAUGAACGUUUCUUCUCUGCAUGGAUUCCAAUGGGUUUUAAUGAAAAAAUACGCGCGCGAGUUUCCAUUUGAGAACCAUUCGGUUUGUAACAAAAAAUUAGAAUGCACAUUAGCUUUUACUGGAACCUACCUCAUAGAUUCGACCUACAAUGUAUCAGGUUACCAAACAGAUAGUUGGAAACGAGUUCUUAAUUAUUAUUUUAAAGAAGACCGUGUACUUUACAAAGGUGGAAGAGUUCGUUAUAGGUCCUUUGAAAUAGGAGCGUUAAUGGGACUGGGUUAUGAUGCUGUGCACCUUUAUGCUAAAACGUUAUCCAUUCUUGUCAAUAAACGACUAACAAUUAGCGGUACCAAAGUUAAUUGGCUCUUGCGCAAGACAACUAUACAUGGACUAACAGAUAAAGUAGCUUUAAAUGCAUACGGUGAUAGGAUUGGUUAUUUCGGUUAUCUGGCCCAAGUUUACCCAAUCCCACGUUGGCCAUAUUUGCCGAAAUCUAAAGUUAUAACUUACGUAAAGUGUAUUAAAAGAUCGGAAGAUGGUAUUCAAUUAGAAAUACCUUACGAAUCGAAAAUACUUCCACACAAUAAAACUGCGGAACUGGUAGCAUUUCCUAUCAGUAAGGCACAUAACACUAGAACAUAUAUAUCUUUAUCAGGGAUGGUUGGUCUCGAUACACAGAAAAUGAUGCCAAAAGAGGGUGAAGAGUGGCCACCGACCAUUUUUAUUCGGACAGAAAGUAUAGUUCCACCAUAUUAUUGCGCUAAUGCAUGUGGUGAAAAGUUAAAAGACCCUAGUAAUAUUAAUAUUUUUGAGGGAGGAAUAUGUCGUCCUGAUAACAAAUGCGAAUGCUUUGAGGGAUUCAGUGGGAAGCGUUGUCACACUGUUCAGUGCUAUUGUGUACACGGCCUUUGCACUAAUGAUGGUUCUUGCAUAUGUAAACCUGGUUAUACAGGUCCCUCUUGUAGAACAGCAAUUUGUGAGGAUUGUCAUUUUGGUGUAUGCGUAAAACCAGGUGUAUGUGAAUGCAAUACUCUAGCAUAUUUCGGUGAGAAUUGUGAUAUGCAUAUUUCAACCAUCAUUUUUCCAAUAUUAUUUGGAGCAUUUCUUCUCAUUGGUAUCUUAUAUUUCAUGGGAGGAAUAACUAGUUCGAAGACGAAAAAUAUAAUGUAUCAACAAUGGAUGAUUGAUUGGAACAACGUUAUUGUACCUGGAAAAUUAGGUAUAGUAGGACAACCCACAGGAAUAAUUAACAAAAGUGUGUCAGUUUAUAGAUGGGACGAUCAGGACUGGUAUGUGAAAAAGAUUAAUAGUAAGACAAUUCCCCCUGAUGAUAAAAGGAUUAUUUCAGACAUGGUCAAGUUAACGAAAACUAGACAUUGUAAUCUGAUCCAAUAUGGUGGAUGCUGUUUGACUUAUCCUAAUGUCAGCUUGUUCGUGGAAAUUGCUGACAAGGGAAGUGUAGCGGAUGUACUUGCCAAUGACACUUUUGAGACUGGAUGGGAAUUUGGAUUUUCAUUUUUAAAAGAUAUAUGUUGCGGAAUGGAAUUUUUGCACGACAAUUCUGAAAUCAAGACCCAUGGACGUCUCAAAUCUUCAAACUGUUUGGUUGACAAGCGCUGGACUGUACGUCUGUCAGGAUUUGUAAGUGGCGUAGUGGGGAAACUGAUGCCUAGAUUUUGUCUAUUCGGAGACACAGUCAACACAGCUUCCAGAAUGCAGUCUAGUUCUUAUGCAUUACACAUUCAAGUGAGCGAGAGUACUGCAGCAAUUCUUGAUUCUUUAGGCGGUUAUAAAUUAGAAUGUAGAGGAAAAAGAGAAGUAAGAGGUCGUGGAGUAAUGACAACGUACUGGCUGUGGGGUAAGGACUCAUUUAUGAAAGAACUACCUGAUAUAUCCCUGGCAGUCCCUCUCUCAGAACACAAAUUCAAAUAA